CGUUGCCUGCGUUGUCCGCACCGCGCGGCAAGAGUUUUCCAACUACGGAAAAAUUGUGUCGCGAGUGCCUCGGACACAAGGCAAAAUUGAGACUGUGUGUCCUUCACCUUACCUGUGCUAGACUAUCCUGACUGUGUGUUAACGUGAUGGAUUGUGUGUAUGGCGUAUAAGUGUGUACAUUGUGAUUUUCUUUGCGACAGCGCGCCCGGUCCACCCUCCUGUUUCUGAUACUUCCUUAACACUUCCACUAUGGAGGCGACACGGCACGUGUCGGCCCAUUGGCUGUCAACAAUAGUCCUUCUCUGUUCCUUCUGCACAACACACUCGCUCAAUAACAAGAUUCACGAGCACAUGACAACAGACGAACUCCGAAACGUCUUCCAUGUCGAACACCAAAGCCACGUGCCAAUAUACCAUGUAGUUCACUUAACCCACCACCUCUCGAGGCGAAACAUACCAAGCUCCCAUUCCUCAAACUCGAACUCCUUGAACCCCGGGAAGGUGCCACACGAGAAGAUCUCAAAACAGACGAAAACCUUUAGCCCACCGUCCCUCCUAAAUGACGAGAUGUUUAUCAGAGCGAAGGAGUACAUCAAAGAUGUUGAUUUAAUUGGUGAUUUAAAUAAUACAGUGAGCGUAGAAUUUAACGUGACGAAUUCUAGUGAAAUUAGUGAUAGUGCUAGUGAUGGUGAUGACAAAGAGCAUAUGGUGGAGAAUCAGGAGGAUGGUGUGCAUAAGAUUGAAUUGGAGGCGUUUGGGAAACAGCUGAAGUUGGUGUUGAAAAGACAGGAGGGACUGGUGAAGAAGGAUGGGUUAAGGAUGUGGAAAGUUUUGACGAACGACUCUCAGCCCCACGGAGUCGAUUAUGAGGAGAUGAAAUCGGAAGACGGAGAAGAAAUCGGUGAUCUCUACCAUGAUGACGAAAACGGUGCAGCUCUACUUAUAAGAAGACAUCCAAAACACGGGCAUCUUGUGGUGGAAGGCUCAAUAGGCCACGACAUGGUGAUCAGGCCUAUCCCGGACACGAUGAAGGCGACCGCACCCGAUGAUGAAAUGUUCAUGGACCCAACUAACAUGGACGACAUGGUCUCCAUUGACACCGGACUUCCUAUCGGACAGAGAGAUAAGGCUGAACAAGAGAGUCUGCAGCAAGCAUUGCAAGGCGCAGGACAUGUUAUCAUAAAGAGGGAUCCGGCGCACGAUGACCACUCAGGGGAUUAUGCUUUCAUGGAGCCAGACCAUCUGGGCAAGCGGUUUAGGCGGAGGAGAUCAACAGAGCCACACAGUCGGCGGAAGCGUGAGGCUCCUUACGUGAUUUACCCGGAGAUCCUCGUUAUUGUCGACUACGACGGCUACAGGUUACACGGAGGAGACAAUCUGCAAAUCAAACGUUAUUUCGUGUCUUUCUGGAACGGAGUUGAUCUACGAUACAAACUGCUAAAAGGGCCCAGAAUAAGGAUAUCAAUUGCCGGAAUUAUAAUAUCUAGGGGCCGUGACGCGACACCGUAUCUAGAAAGGAAUCGCGUGGGUCGCGACGCCAUCGACUCAGCCGCAGCGCUCACUGACAUGGGCAAGUAUCUCUUCAGAGAGAGGAGACUGCCAGUGUAUGAUAUCGCCGUAGCUAUUACCAAACUAGACAUGUGCAGGAGGCAAUAUGUGAACGAUGCGUGCAAUAGAGGGACUGCAGGAUUUGCCUACGUCGGAGGUGCUUGCGUCGUGAACAAACGUUUAGAAAAAGUUAAUUCAGUUGCCAUCAUCGAAGACACUGGCGGUUUCUCCGGUAUUAUUGUCGCUGCACACGAAGUUGGACAUUUACUUGGAGCAGUUCACGACGGUAGUCCACCGCCAUCGUACUUGGGAGGUCCGGGCGCAGAAAAGUGUAGAUGGGAAGACGGGUUCAUCAUGUCUGAUCUCAGGCACACAGAGAAAGGCUUCCGAUGGUCUCCUUGCAGUGUCCAAAGUUUCCACCACUUCUUAAAUGGUGACACCGCGACCUGCCUAUACAACUCCCCGCAUGAAGAUGAUUCAUUACCUCGAGUACUUCCGGGCCGAUUACUCACUUUGGACGCUCAAUGUCGAAAGGACAGAGGGACCAGUGCGUGUUUCAAAGACGAGCGGGUCUGUGCCCAACUUUUCUGCUUCGACGCAGCAAGCGGAUACUGUGUUGCUUACAGACCCGCUGCAGAGGGAUCGCCUUGUGGCGAUGGGCAGUAUUGUAUAAACGGUCGGUGUAUAACGGAGCACGAGAAUAUUAUACCGGACUACUCGCAGCAUACGCCGAGCUACGUGCGACCGGAAACUAGUCCAUUUUAUGGAAACAUAACGAGUAACGAAGCAACAACUCAGCCAUACGUACCUAGCACGGAAGCGCCAGAACCAUACAAGCACAAAUACAAUUCAUAUUACCAAAAGAGUACAAAGUCGGAAUACUCGUCGACAACGUCAACGACGACUACGAUGACAACAACAACAACGACAACAACCACGACACCAUCACCAAACAUAACAACGACGACGUUACCAAAAACUACGACUGUAAGGACAACAGUGAAUCCAUUCAAAUUCUUCCACUACGGCACAACGAGACCAUCAACUGAGAACACAGAGAAAUCAACAGAGCCAACUAAAACGCCUAGUACUUACCCACCAUCUAUAAAUAAGUACUCUGUUACAUCUACAAAGAACCCAUAUGAUUUCAAAGAAUACAGUACCAAACCUACAAAAGCAGAUACACCAAAACGAGGUUUCCUUAGCAAAGAUGAUUUGGACACCUACUUUGGGCGGGGUACAACCAAAAGUCCUUUCUCAAGUAAAGGAAUUAAAUCUCUAUUCAAAAUAGGAACGUUUUACUCACAAGCAAAAUCAUUGGAUAACUCAAUAAGACCCGAUGCGAACUCUCAGCAAGUCCAAAUAGAACCGGCGAGAUUAGUCUUCUCCUACCAAAAGAAUUUGACGUCAGGGGAGGUCAUAAGAACAUAGAAGUGCCAAAAUAAUAUAUUGGUAAGGCAAUUAACAGACUUGGACCAUACUGAUGUCAUUCUUCCUUCGUCGCCUCAUGGUCUUGUACAUCUUAAAAAAUAUCACAAUUGUCACUUUUAUAUCAUAUGCAUUAUUUUCAGCCAUUCCUUUCAGUCACUGCAUUGAAUGAUUACAAACUGUCACGAAUUUAUAUAAUCUAUAGAUAGUUUAGAAGAUACAGCAUGCAAUCAAAAUUUUGUAUAUAUAAUAUCUGUGUACAUACAUAUACAAAACUCAAAUCACAGCCAUACUCAAAACAUUCCUACUUAUUCAUAUUUCAAACAUACUAUUAAAAAUCAACCAAUCUAUAAAUUUACUUUAACGAAAAUAAACAAAAUUAAUUUUGAAACCCCCAGAUUCCACUGCAACAAAGUUAAGUGACCAAAAUAUAAAAUUAGUAUUUUGAUAGCCAAACUAAUUUAUAUACAGCAUGAGCAUAGAAUAUGUAGCUAUUAUUUCAGUAGAUCCGUUUACUUUUAUCAGACUAUAUAAACAUCUGACAAAUUUACAGAAAAUUAGAUAAGUUUUACAACACGUAAUCUUGGUAAUAUUACUUUUUACUUUACAGUAGCCGCCACUAGCAAAUCGAGCGGAAUAAACAUUGAAGACUGCUUUGCUGGACAAAGAGACUGGUACAACAGUGCCAAUUAAAGCCUGGAUUAUUAUCCGGGAAUGUCCCGAUCCAGCCUACUAAAUACAUUUCCGAUUGUGAAACGUGCGCACAUGCCUAGUAUGAAUAUUACCUCGGUAAUACUCUCUCAUAUUGUGAUAUUAAAUAUUAUAUAAAAUUAUACUACAUGGUUUAAUAUUAAAAAAAUCAACUGGCAACAAAAAAUAAUCAGAGGUAAUAUUCAAUAUUCAGCGGGUAAUCAAAGGAGUGUGGCGCACGAGUGUGAAUAAAAUGUGUCUGAAGACAGGACUUAGUGUCAGACAUAGUUUUGUGAGUGAUAUUACAAUGUGAUUGUGUUACUUUUAAUGAACACUUAAGUACAUUAUUUUAAUAUGUAUAUUAUUGACAAAACCGAUCAAUACGAGACUAAUGAUUCUCAGUGUGGUUUUGAGACUACUGUAGAAAUAUUUUCUUAAGACUAUAUUUUUGUAAGCUGUUGUAAAAAAUAGAAUCGUUUUAAGGUUGACAAACAAAAAACUGCCACGAAGUGCCUUUUUAUAAAUAUUAAGCGAAGUAUAAAAUUAGGGCUCACGCUGAACAAGGAGAUCCCAUUAUACAAAGUUAUUUUGACUUAUUUUAAUUUUAUUGUACUUACUCAAUUUUACACAUUUUAUUAAAAUACUCUAGCCUGUUUCGGCAGCACAAACAUUAUUUUGAAAAAUUAUAUUGUUUUACUUUUGCGUUUAAUGUAUGGUCGCGACUGGUUCGCGUCUUGUAAAGCGAUUAGGAUCGCAUUAAGGAAAAAUAAAUUACAUGAACAAAAAUAUAAAUACCGAAUUACAAUAUACCCACGGUUUACCAAGUGAAUAUCGACUGUCGCGGGUAAUACAAUUUAACUGUUUUUUUUUAUAGUAAUUAGGGAAUGUGUAUGUUAGACUGAAAUAUUGCCUAUAGUUCUGUUGGUAAUUACUGCGUGUAGGAAUAUGAAGACGCGUGUGACUUGAAUAUAUAUAUGGUCUUAAGGCCCAAAUAGCAGAAAAGUUAUGUUCAACUAUCGAAAAAUUAGAAUGUCACAGUAAAAUGGUACUUACUUACAUAAAUCUAACGCUCAAAUUUGCACCAACUCAACAGUUAGUGUUUUUGGCAGUCAGGUUGUAAAACAAAAAUCAGUAAUACAGAAUUUGUCAAAAGAUGUCCAUUUUACUUUGACUGUAUAAUUUCACAAAAAGCGACUUCAUAUUUGCGAGCGUGAAAAUCUUUACUAAGCGUACUGUUAAAAAAAUGAUUAUAAAAUGUAAGCUCUUACAGGUAUUAUCGGCAGUCACCAAAUCGAAUAGAAAUGGGUUGAGUUACUAUUUUAUGUUUUUGUUUUUUAUAAUUUAUUUCGUCAGGAUAUUUUAGUUUAAGUUACUCUCACUUUUUGUUUUUAAUUAGCAUACAUACUUCUGAACAACAAAUUUUAAACUUGUUUUAGUAUAAGUCUGUUUUUAUUUCUAAAUUUAUUUAUGUGACAUAGUUUUGUAAUUCCAAAAGUUACCAUAGAUUAAAAAUUAAAAUAGUUUUUCGGCAGUUUAGUUUAAUGAAUAGGAAAAUGCAGCGAGCUUCCAACUUUGACAUCACUUGCCUUUUGUAUAAUUAUUUAUUGUAUGCCAAUUAUUUAUGUAUGAACCAACCUGUAAGUUUUCUCCUAAAUUGUCUAAAUCUUAAGAAAAAAUAUAAAAGAAAGAAUAUGAC